UUUUGCUUAACAUGAUUUCCCGGUCUUUUUCUUGGCUUGCUGAGCAUUCUAAGCCUCUACUUUUAUCAGGAAAUAAUGUGAGAGUUCUCUCUGCACCUGGGGAAUACCUCCAAUGGCUCAAGAGUCAACUAGUUUCUGUUAAAUGGAGGAUUCUUCUCUCUUCACUUUAUCUGGGCACUGGCUACCUUGAGAAGGAGCUGGUUGGACUAAUAGCUGAUUCACUUCGGACCAAUUCCUCACUCCAAUGUAGCAUUGUAUUGGAUAGUCUACGUGGCCAUCGUGGUAACCCAAAUUCUGUCAGCGUUCUGGGAAAAUUGAUUCAAGAAUUCCCCCAUCAGUUCUCACUGUACAUGUACCACACGCCCUCUUUAAGAGGGUCGUUAAAGCGGGCAUUACCCCAGAGGAUUAACGAAGUGGUUGGAUUGCAGCACACCAAGCUGCACGUCUUUGAUAAUAAUGUCCUAAUGACAGGAGCUAACCUGAGUCAUGAUUACUUCACAAACAGGCAAGAUCGUUACAUUAGUUUUGACUCCUCCCCUUCUCUGGCAAACUAUUUGUCAAAAGUUCACGAGACUCUCUCUCAGCACUCCUUCCUCGUAAAACCCGACAGUAGCCUAGCUAACCCUCAGGCAAUGAGAGGACUCAACCCUCUUCAAUCAAAGAGGAAUUCAAAUAUUUUUAAAAAAUCAUUUUAUGAAGAAAUGCAGACCAUCAUACAAUCAAAGACUCAUGCUGCUGAGACUCAUUCCCAUACUGCUAAGUCUCAUUCUCAUCAUACCACUAAGACUCAUGCUAAUACUAAUACUGAAUCCUGUAUCACUAGUGAGACUCGUUCCCAUACUCCUAGUACUGAUUAUGAGAGUAUUGGCAUGGAAUCAGAGGAAUCAGACACAGUGGUGUAUCCAUUGGUUCAAAUGGGAGAGUAUGACAUAAGACAAGAUGAAGAGGUCACUGCUGGUUUGUUGUCUAAUGUCAGUGCCAAUGAAAGACUCUGUAUUGCGUCAGGGUACUUUAAUCUACCUCAUGUACACAAGAGGUCACUGCUAGACAGUAAAGGCCAUAUUUCAAUAUUGGCCUCUUCGCCUCAGUGUAUGGGAUUCUAUGGAGCUCAAGGUCCAGCUGGAUCAAUACCACAGUUAUACAGUAACCUAACGGCCCAGUUCCUCAGGGACUCUUGUCCCCAUGGCUCCAGGAUCAGGUACUACGAAUACCAUAGGCAGGAAUGGACUUACCAUGCUAAAGGUCUUUGGUACUACUUGCAAGGAAUGAAUCUGCCAAGUUUGACACUCAUCGGCUCCAGUAACUAUGGCUAUCGCUCGUUAAAGAGGGACCUGGAGUGCCAGGUUGCCAUAGUAACGAGGAACAAGAGACUACAGCUGGCUCUUGAUAAGGAAAGAGAGCAGCUGUACAAUUAUGGAACUCUAUUGAGUCUAGAGGAUAUGAAAGCAUCACGUGACCACAGACCCUCUCUAUGGGUGAAAGGGAUCACUCCAUUACUCAAAUAUUAUGUAUAAAUCAAUUUUUAUUAUUAAUACUCAUGAAUAAUUAAUGAGGCACGCCCAUUCAAAGACC